GCGACAAUGAACCACAUAGACACUAGUCCUUUUAACAUGUAGACACUAGAACUUUACAAUAGAACAUAAACAUAAGUCAGUUCUAGUGUCGUCAAAAAUUUACAUUUUAAAAUUUAGCUAGGUCUAGUGUCUCUACUUCUAGUUCUAGCGUCUUCGAAGACAUUUUAAAUUUUAACGUUAUAAAAUUUACAAAAUCCAAAUUAAAUUUUUUAAUUCCAAAUUGUCAAAGUUUUAACAUAGUUUUAAAUACUGUUUAGUUCUAGUGUCCUAUAAGCUAGUUCUAGUGUCUCCUUAAUUUAAAAGUUAAAAAAGAAAUGUUUGUUCUAUUGUCUUCGAUAACACUAUGAGUGUUAAAUGUUAAAUUUAUUUUUUAAAUUUCGAUUCGAGAUUUUCGAUUUUCAAAAAUAUCCUCUUAGAGCCUGGUGUACUUAAUGCUGCCAUCUAGCGAUAGGUUGGCGAAUGCCAUCUAGCGAUAGGAUGGCCAUCUCUAUCGGUCGUGGUUGUUGCCUUUGUUGCUCUGGCAAAUCUGUUGCCAUGGUGGUUUCAGAAGAUCUUUUCCCACAAGAACUUGCCUCGUGUGGUCCUAUCAGCCAUUACUGAUUUAUUUUUAUUUUUCCAAACAAAAAUGUCUUGCAACGACGUAGAUGAAUACACAAUGUACCUUCAGUUGUACAAACGGUACAAACAGGAUUGUAUUGAGAUGGGAAAGGUUCCCAAAGAAUUAAUAUCGUUUCUCGGACAGUUAAAAGCAAAAGCGCGUGGCCCUGGUGACGAUAGUCAGUUGAAGGGAAACUUAACUGAAUCGCAAGAAAGUAAACCAUCUUUGGUCUCAGUCUUGGAACCUCCUUGUCCUUCACCGAUGACAACCAAAUUUGAUAAUGUUGCUGCACAUUUUACAACCACCUCAUCCUCUGGUCAUUCAGCAUUGAAUCCAAAAUCUGCUAACAGAGCCACAAAUUUUCCUGCCUUACAUGGUAUCAAACGAAAGCUGAGAACUAUUGAAAGCAGAAGCGUUCCCAUAGUUAAGAAACGAUGCAUAAACACAUUUACAUUACAUGUAUUUGUGUUACCUCACCUGGGCUGGCUGGGAACCAGAGCUACACCUGUUGAGAAGUCCGAUAUUGCUGACAUUUUUGUUGCUCAGAGAGUUGUCACCUUCUGUGUUGAACACAGUGAAGCGGAACACAAAACAGCCAUUUUAAAUAUGUAUGCUGAUAUUUCCCUACAGGACUUUGUGGCCCAAAGAGCUAACCGCAAUGGAAGAAGACUGUUAUCUCUUCUUGAUUUGAGUACUGAUGAACUUAAGAAGGGAGGUGGGCUGUUGUGGUGUACCUCCACAACACCUUUAAAUUUCAAAGGGAACAAAUUCUUGAAUAACCAACUAUGUGCAAAUUGUUUUAAAACUAUAGCAAAUUCUAUAGACAGCUUCAAAAAACAUCAACUUGUAUGUCUACGAAGAUAUCAAGGCAUGGAGUACGAGUCGGAGGAUUCCGAAGUUGAAAUUUUGCAUGAUGCAAGAGAUAAACCUUUUCUUAUACCAUUAGAAGGGAGAACCAUUGAAGUGAAAAGUGUUCCUACAGUUAAGAAAAGAUGCAUAAACACAUCCACAUUUACAUUACAUGUAUUUGUGUUCCCACACUUCGGCUGGUUCGGAAGUACAGCCACUACAGGAGAAAAGGCGGACUUGUGUGACAUGUUUGUUGCUCAGAGAGUUGUAACUUUUCACCUUGAUCAUAACGAAACGCAACACAAAAACGCAAUUUUGAAUGCGUAUGGCGAUGUUUUCCUAGAGGACUUUGUGGCCCAAAGAGCUGUCAGCAAUGGAAGUAGAUUGACCUCUCCUAGAAAUUUAAGCACUGAAGAACUUCAAAAGGAAAGCGGCUUACUGUGGUGCACCUCAAUAAAACCUUUGAAGUUGGAAUCGGGUGGACAACGGUGUGCGCAUUGUUUUCAAACUUUAUCGAAUUCUGUCGGCAGCUACCAACUACAUCAACUUGGUUGUCAACGUCGAAAUGAAUCCCUGGAGAUUUUCGAUGAAGAAUCAGACGAAUUCAUUCUUAAUUCAUCAUGUGCUUCUUUUCCCAUUGACUUUGUUGACCAUGAAAACGUCAUCACACAAGUGACCAUGGCUCAUAAAGUUGUGGAGCAUGCUGCAACACGAACUGCAUCUUAAGAGGAGCGUAGACUUCACUGUCUUUUGGCGGUGGAAAGAAGAUUACCACCACUGCCUUGCACACCACCAUUAACCAAGAUGUUUACAGAGAUCGUAUCUGUGGGUCACGUUCCAACCGAUCCUCCAACUCCUUCAGGUGAUUUAAAGUCCACGUUCGUCCACUCUCCCUCCUUUUUUCUAAAUUAUCUUAUCCUUUUUAAUCAAGCAUGUUUUCUCUUUAAACAACCAUCUAGUUAAAGUUAAACCCUGUUCCUAAAAUCAAGAUUACUUUCCUUGUCACAAGACUCAUACUCUGCAGAAUUUGUGCUUUAUUUCAAUAAAAUAAACAGAAACUCGAAGCGA